CACACACAUUACAUGAACUUACCAAACAAACUUCGGAAAAUCAAAACAUAUUAAUUCAAGAAAUAGCAAUAUAAAAUCGAGUUUGACGUUUCCAAACAUUUAACUUCUUCAAGCGAUUAUAAGAAUUUAACGAACAUAAUCCUGGUAAUAAAUCGACAAAAAUGUCGAACUAAAAUACCUAUAAAAAUUUUCUAUCUACGCAAACAAUGACAAAUAGGUCUAGAGGUGCGGAGCGCAUCCAGAGUUUUCAGAUUCGGAUAUCAUAAGGCGUCGCGACGCUUUAGCGUCUAGUUGACUCCAGCACAGCUUCUCGCACAAAAGGACGUUCUCUAGUUAUGCUUGUUAUUUCGUACGCGAUGUGUGUUUCCUAGUGCGAUUUUUACGUUUGUGGGAUUAUGGCCCCGGAAAUGAUGGAGACGACGGUUUAUAUUAGUUCGCCUAUGGACUUUAAAACUAGGUUUAAAAAUUGGUGGAAAAGACUGAGAUUAAAAGCAGCUCUCCAACACAUCGGACUUUUAAUAACUCUAAUGGCAUACACCGUUGCGGGGGGUCUGAUUUUCCGACGUUUCGAAUAUCCGGCAGAAAUAUCGCGGAUAAAUUAUUUCAACACUACAUUGUUAUCAAAACGGGAGAAUUUUAUACAGCAAAUAGUGAAUAACAGCGAUAUAAGAAAUUUGGACUUUUUUAUCUCUAGUGAAUUAGAAAAUUACGAGAAAAUCCUACAGGACGCGUUCACGGCCGGUAUACCGUUGUUUCCUCGAGAACAACUGGUGAAAUGGACCACCCUAAAAGCAGUGUUUUUUUCAUCAACGGUUUUAACGACUAUUGGAUACGGGAAUAUCGUACCUGAAACGACAGAAGGGCGAGCCUUCUGCAUAGUAUUCGCUCUUGUGGGAAUUCCUCUUACGCUCACCGUUAUCGCAGACUGGGGCAGACUGUUCGCAUCAACAGUGUCAACACUCGUGAAGCAUACACCACCACUGCCAAAAAAAUUCAGAAAUGCGAUGGUUGCUCGAAGAACCUCCUCCUACGCCCUGUCAGCUGUUUGUUUCCUUUUUGUUUACCUUGCAGCGGGGGCAGGACUCUUCGUCAUUUGGGAAGACGAUUGGACCUUUUUCGAGGGAUUUUAUUUCUGUUUCAUAACGAUGACUACCAUCGGCUUCGGAGAUUUAGUCCCAAAGAAACCGACUUAUAUGCUGCUCUGCACGUUGUACAUUCUGGUGGGUUUGGCUUUAACGUCUACUAUAAUAGAAUUAGUGAGACGACAAUAUGCCCAGUCAUGGCGACAGCUGCAAGCACUCCGAGGACCUCUUGCUGAAAAUUUGAGGAGGUUGGCCGACAACGCGCCGGGAUUAGACGUGAUGGCAUUUCAACAGGACCUCAUGAAAGUUUUAACUGUGGUAACUAUGCCCCGCAGAUCUGCAUUUUCAAAAAAGGAGAAGAAACUCAAACAGAAAGAAUGGGAAGACGCCAUCGAGGCUGUGAUAAGAGAUAUCACUGUGGGUACAGCAGCCGCCGAACAGAAGCCUCCGAUGGUCCAAAUAGUCAUUUACGAGAGUUCCGUUUGAAAGGUCAACAAUUUUAUCUCCAGUGUCAAGCUAUACCGAAACUUAGGUCACUUGCAUAACACGAUCGGUAUCGGAAUUCCUAUAAAAAAUGUAACAAAAGUCAUAUCAUUCUUUAGGUCGACUAAGGAGUCGACGAUUAUGAUUAUUUUCUUCUGCACCUAGGUAAUAAUAUUUACUUAUCUCAAGAUUUACAAAGUUUCUACUUUAUAACAUAAUAAAAUGACAAUUUAAUCAAAAUAUUUUGUAAUUUUUUAUCACGAUUUAUAAAUUGU